AUGUUGCACGCAACUCAAAUUCGCGAAAUCAAUCACUACAUGAUAUACAUCUCAGAAAUCUCGCAGUAUUUUCACCACGGGUGGGCCCCUCAGAAAUAUACAGAACAAUGUAAAAAACGAAACAAGUAUCGAACACAAUCUGAUGCUACACUACUUCAACCACUGAGCAAUAAAGAUGUGAGGAAAAGAGAAAAAAAAAAGUUACCAGAGACAGAACACAGAGAAUACGAAUCUGAACUUUCUCCGGUUCAUGACUUCGUCUCCGUCUUUGCGUCCAUAGAAGAUGCUCCGAGCUUGUUCAGUUUACAAAAGAGAUGGGCAGAGAAUCUAGGGAAUGCAGAAACAAGUGAUACUUCGAAAUUAAAAACAAGAUUUGUUGGUGAACUCGAAAGAUAUAUAUCCAAACUUCAAUCGGGUUUUGCCCUGAAACAUUAUGGUAGUUUGAUCCUUCUUUCAAGAUCCUUCACUGUCAUUCUGUGCUAA